AUGUGCGAUGUUUACAGGUCUUACUUUCGGUGUGCCUAUGCGAAAGAACAAAAUUGCAAAGCUGCAAAGCGGGUGCAGAAGAUCAAAGACGAUCCUCCAGUGUACCGAACCACUUAUUCAGGAAAACAUACGUGUGCUUUUGCAGUCGAUAUGAAUAACGAUGAUGAUACAUACGAUUCCAAAAUUAUCCACUUCGAUAGAUGCGACCAUGUUAUGUCUGGAUCGGUCACGUCAGUUAAUCACCAAGUAAUUACCAUGGAGUACAAAGCCACGGACCAAAACCAAAUCACGAACCAAGAAUGUGAUGAUAACGAGUUCUUGGUGGAUGAUGACAAGUUUUGGGCCCAACCACUCACUGAGGCUGAGUUCUUGCAUCAGUCUCCCCGAGCUGCCUGGUUAGGAUUGAAAAAGUUACCUCUAGAGAUUGGCAAGCUGCAGAAGCUGAAGAAGAUCUCGAUGAGCAAGUGUGGGAAAUGCGAAUUGCCGGAUUCAGUGAGGAAUCUAGACAAUCUGGCGGUGAAAUGUGAUGAAGAAACUGGAUUAUUCUGGGAAAGGUUGAAGCCCAAAAUGAGAAACUUGAAAGUUAAUGAGGUGGAAACAGAGCAUAAAUUGGAACAUAUUGCGUUAAGAUGUAAAUGA